CUCUCUCUCUGUUUCUCUCUGUCUUUCUUUGUGCCCCAGAGUUGCUCUCUCUCUGUUCAGUAUAGUCAGGUUGAGUGGUAGGAGGGGGAAUGUAUGGCAGAGACUGAGGGUCUUACUGAGUGUGGGAGAUGAGAGUGUGAGGGUUUUUUAGGAAGAAGAGUGUGAGGGGGUUAUAGGAAGACGGGUGUGGGGCAAGAGAGUGUGUGUAUAUGUGAGUGAGGGUAGUGUGUUUGUGAGUGUGUGUGUGUGAGUGUCCGUGGGGGUGAGCUGCUCGCGUGUCACAUUCCAGCUUCCAGGGAUCGACCCCUGUAUACCGGGAAACGGACCUGGAAAACUUUGAAAAAUCAUUCUUGGGAAACUGUGUGAUUGUAAAACCUCUGAAAACCUGUACCUCUCUGUGACUUUGAACUGUUGCUGGUCUCGCUCGGAAAAUACUCAUCUGUUGAAGGAGGGAUUCUCUCUACUCUCCACUUCCUCUGAUUCUGCUGCUGGGUCUCUGGGCUUUGGAUAGUGGUUUCACUGGUGCCGCACUUACCACGGCUCAAAAACAGGACGGGAGGAGAAAAAAGAAGAGGGCAGAUGAAGAAAGGAGAACAAGAAAUGUAAAAAGUGUGUCAACAGAAUGGAUUAAUAGUCUGGAUCAUGGAUGUGUAGAAAUAGGUUUUCGUCUGCACCUGCAGUCUCACAGAAACAGAGUAGAAGAAGAGGAAAAAGGAGAGAAGAAGGAGACAUACGGAUGGAAAGGAGGAAGAGGGGAGAACGAGAGAGGAAAGGAGAGGCUAAAAAGGAGAGUUCAUGAACUGUGUUUAGUCGAGUCAUUCUAACUGUAUUAGACUGUAAUCCGUUGAGUUGAGUGUUCUAAUGAGGUCUAACGAGCUGUAACCAGUUUUAACGAGCUGUGUGUGAGCCAAGUCUGACUCUUAUAAAACUCACCUAUCAUUAUCAGCUUAGUCUGUUUGAUAAGGACAUCAUAAUAGAUUUCAUUUCACCUUUAGCUGACCUGGUCUGUUCCCCUCUUUUUCUCUUUGUUUCUCUCUCCCCGUCCAUCACAAAGCAGCCUUCAUGGAUCGUUUCACUGACGGUCAACUAAACUCAGUCUGAGUUCCAGAGGUGGGACCAAGUCGUUGUUUUACAAGUCACAACCUACAUCGACAGAGAAGACUGCUGUGCUGUUCUCAGCUGAGGGCAGGAGAGAAUUCAGUUCAGACUUUAUGGAAGGGGGUAGCCAGAAGACCUGAUGAUGCCCUAAGGGUUCAAAUAUUGUUUCCAUAAAACCAUAUAGGAUUAAAGACCAGAGUCAGCCGAGUCUGACUUAUAGACAGAAGAUACUAGCCUAGACCAGAGAGGCCAAAGACACAGUUAGUGACGUCAUCAUGAAUGCCCCGCCCACAGGAAGUCCCAGCCCAAAUAUGGAGGUGAAGGUGGUCUCCCAGGAGAUGGCGUUGUUUAGCAACGCCCUGGCGGCCUACACCUUCAUAGCAGACCAGCCGGAGCGAGCAGCUCUUGUGUUUGUUAGUGGUGUGUGUGUGGGUCUCCUUCUCACCCUCUGUGCCCUGGUGGUCCAGAUACACUGUCGCACCGACUGUCACUACAGUAACCGACGGCGACAUCACCAUCAGCCCAGAAACAGGACUCACCACCAUCACCAUGGGGACCAUCACUGUCACCACCAUCACCAACCUGGCAACCCUAACACAGGCAACCCUGGCGUAACCACGGAGACGAGUGAAGACAGCGAAUCAGAGGACUGGGACGACAGGAACUCUGACCUCACGGCUCGACGACGAAGGCGAUUUGAGAGAACGCUGCUGCAAACCAGCGUUUUCACCUCCGCAGAAGAGUUGGAGCGAGCUCAGAGGGUUGAGGAGAGAGAGAGGAUCAUGGGAGAGAUCUGGAUGAAUGGACAGCCUGACGUCAACACCGUCACACGCAGCCUCAACAGAUACUACUGACAGGAACGGAGAACGAGAGGAAGAGAGUGAUGGAUACACAUACGGAUGGAAGAAGAGAAAAAUUAAGGAUAGGGAAAUGAUGCAAUUUUAGACAAUGUCGCAUUGAAGGGUGCGUGAAGCCUCCAAAUCAAAUCAAAUAGUAUUGGUCACAUACACAUAUUUAGCAGAUGUUAUUGCGGGUGUAGCGAAAUGCUUGUGUUCAGUAGUUGUGGAUAGAGACAAAUGGGAAUGGACGAGGGAGAGGACAAUGACCUCCAUCCCUCUGACACUGGGCACAGAACCAUGAGGUUUAGGGUGUGUCUGGCAGAGUGAUAUAGUGGUAAAGAAAUAGGUGGGUAUACGCUGAUCACCUUCGCGGUGAGUAAAGUAACGUUCCUUAUACUUUCAAUGCAUUUUCCCACAAAAAUUGCGCAAAAAUAAAAAAGGUCCGUGAACGUCUUUUACGUGCGUUCGCCCUCCACCACACCACUGGUCAGACAUGACACCAGGCUUACGCCAAUCUAAGCCUUCUGGGAGCUGUGAUGGGGAGGGAGAAAGUGCACACUUCACACUAGAGGAAAGAAGUAGGUAAUGAGGAUGCAGCAGCCUAAUAGCUGCCCAGGAUGGUUCCUCUGGAGUCAGCCCCCGCCCGAGACCUGAGGUGGAUGUUGUCAUCAACCCGUGUGUAAACUGUGACCUUCCUGACGUCCUCACCGUCACCGUUGACAACGGGCCCACAAUUCACAUCUAUGGAAAUCUCUGUUUUCCUGGCUGAACGUUCUGGUUUUUGUACUUGGUUCCAGACUGGUACUGACUUACACAGCACAGUUCACUACGAGGACAAGGACCACAGAGAAAACCUGUCAACUGGAAUGACAUUUAUUUUUUGCCUUCACUCAAUCUUCAUGUGUAUUGAAUUGAUUCACUGUUGUACUUUGUGGAUGAAUUCCUUUUUUUAUAAAAUAGCAACACUUUCUUAGUUUGUCUCAGGGAUGCUUUUAAGGGUUGUCGUUGGGGACAUGUUUUGUAUUUUGAAGAUGAUGCAACAAUCAUUCCUUAGAGAGACUGUGACUAUAAAACUGCGUCGGGUUUGGUUCGUCAGCAGGAGUGUGCACUCGUUAGGUAACUAGCACGGCUGUGUGCCUUGAACGUCGUCACGACUGCUCCAAUUCAGUCAGCUCCCGAACAGUGCCCUUCAGAUAACAACAAGUGCAAUACAGUCCCCGUACAGCCCUUAAAGAAGCCACCACCAUAUUGCUAACACCUAUCUUUUCCCUUCAGAUGUGAAACACUGAAGAGGUAGCUGGAGUCUCUACUAUAUGUGUUGCUUUUGGAGUGACGCGGGGUUGGUGCAACGCUACCGUGUGAUGUUUGUAAUCGGGUCAAUGGCGCAACACAACAGUGUUAUUAUCUCUGCAGUGUUUCUGGGUGUUUCCCCCUAGCUUGUCGUCUGUAUUAGAAAAGCUGCCUGUGAAGUGAAAAGUCUGUCUGAGAGAGAGAGGUUCUGGUAUGCAUCCUUCCUUCCUCCCUUCCUUGAGGUAAUCACAGAUCUGAGAGAGGUGUACAGGUGAAAACAGUAGGAUCGAGGCCUUGUUCUCACUUCUCCAGUCAAUACAGAUCAGGGAUUUCCUCAAGGAAGGGAGAAAAGAAGGAAAUAAACAUUGCAUUGAAGGAUCACUCCAACACACGGACCUUUUCUUGAAUAAUAAAACCCGUUGGAAACAAA